GAUGUUGCAGCUCAGCCUCGGGUCAAAGUGGUGACUGGGGAUCUGAGCUCGGCAGUGACGCGUGGGCCUCACGUGACCAGGAGCCUAUGUCUGCCCAAGUCCCUCUCGUCCUGGUCCUUUUUGCCUCUCCAGACACCGUCUCUCUGUUACUCUUUGGUCGAGAGGGACAGCAGAAGGAACCUGGCGUCUGUCUGCAGGUCACAGCCAGGCACCUCGAGGAGAGGACGAGUAGGAGCUCACGGCCGGGAGAGGUCCAGAAUAACUGUGCUCGAAGAAGAGAAUUGUCAACAUGGAAAAAUCAGGCGCAGAAAAUGAGGAGCAGCCACAGAGCGCGCCGAAGACAGAAGAGGAGCGGCCUCCUGCAGAGCACCCCGAAAAGCAGUCCUCCGAGGACCCAUCUUCGGAGGAGCAGUCCUCGGAGGAGGAGGAGUUCUUUCCCGAGGAGCUCCUGCCGGAGCUGCUGCCAGAGAUGCUCCUCUGCGAGGAGCGCCCCCCGCAGGAGCGCCUUUCCAGGAAGGACCUGUUUGAGGAGCGCCCUCCCAUGGAGCAGCCUCCCUGCGGAGUAGGAAAGCAUAAGCUAGAAGAAGGAAGUUUUAAAGAGAGGCUGGCUCGUUCUCGCCCACAAUUUAGAGGGGACAUACAUGGCAGAAACUUAAGCAAUGAGGAGAUGAUACAGGCAGCAGAUGAGAUAGAAGAGAUGAAGAGAGUAAGAAACAAACUGAUGAUAAUGCAUUGGAAGGCAAAACGGAGCAGGCCUUAUCCUAUUUGAUGUGUCCGGCACAUUAAAAAUUCGGUUUUACUGGGUAAUAGCAUUGCUACUUGAACUUUCUGUUUGCAUUUUCUUAUAUGCCUUUUCCCAUCCUAAUCUUAACUAUUUGCGUGGCUUUGUUUUAUUGAUCUGGCUUGGAACUGGCAGAGAAUUGAUUUUUCCCUACUAAAAGCUGCAAUCUUUCCAUCAUUAGCCCCAUCCAUUUGCAUGGGAAGUUGUACAUUAUAUAUUGUGAAGUGCAAGAAGCAAUUUUUGAAUUAUAUAUAUGUAUAUAUAUAUACAUAUAUAUAUAUAUACACACACACACACACACAUAUAUAGCAUCCCAUUUUGUAAAAAAAGUACAUGUAUAUUUAUAUAUUAAUAUGCAAAGGAAAACUAAAAGUAUAUACUUCAAAGGUUUAAAGUGGCUAUGUUUUAAGAUAAAAGGUGAUGACUUUUUUUCGUUAUCUGAAUUUUUCAUUUUUUAAGACACAUUUUACUUGCAUUGGAAAAGUAACAUAAUUUUUAAAUGUGAAGCAAUUUUAAAAACUGUCAACUAGCUUAAAAAGACAAGAUGGUACUUAAUAAAUCCUUGUCAAAACCUUAAAAAAAGACAAGCGCACCCUAUGUUUCUUCUGACUCUCCUAGGCAGAAAUAUAAGCCAGGUAUUUAUUAUAUUUCUUGAAGGGUUAUUUUUUUCCUCAUUUACUUAGGAAUAAUACUUGCCAUUCAGUGCUGCCAUGGAACCAAAUGAGAUGAAGAUUGUGUGAGCUGUGUUUGGAUUUUUGUGCCUACCUGUACAUGCAGAACCCUAACCCCUAGAAUCCCUUUAAACAUACGGGAUAGUACCCCCAAGGAGGUCUCAUUCGUGCUCACAAUUUCUGUGUGAUUCCAGGUGAGUGCCACAUUCUCUUCCUGGCCUGCUGUACUCUCAGACACUGCAGUAUCUGCUAGGUACAGCUGCCCCUUCUCACGGGUUCUGGUUCUUCCACCGGGUCCUAAUCACUGCUGCUAAUGUGCUGACGUUCUCAAGGUACAAAGCUUCACUGAUUGCUCUGGUGUCCCUGGUAGGCCAAAGCUGAACCAUGUCUCUUAUGGAGAAUGCCCCUCUUCCAGCUUUAACAUAGGCGUUACAUUUAUCCAGGUGGGAACCAUAGAUGUUUAAAAUGUCUUUUAAAAUUGCUUAACAAACUAGUCCUUUCCAUUUUUUCCCCCUUAAAGCCUCCCUUUUCUCCACGGGAUUCAAACAUGAGUCCACUGGAACCUGUGCUAGGAGACAGAUCCAUGAGCCAGACACCCUGCUGUGUACUUUGAGUUGGAACCAUCCUCCCAAAUAUCUGAGGAUAAGUAUGAUCUUAAUUGCCUAACUUGCCUUAGGAUGAGUUCUCUCUCAGGGAUUUCUGGCAGACUUGCCUUUACAAUUCAGCUGACUUAUUCAACUUGUAUAAGUUAAAGAGGAAAAUAAAGGUUAGGCUCAAACUAGGACAUUCCCCUUCUACAUCACUCCAUAUAAAAUAGAAACGUGGGCCAGCAGGUGGCAUGGUGAUUAAGGUCCUGGACUCUCACACGACUGACCACGGUUCAAG